GCAGGCUCCUUUGAUCUUUAUUAAACUCAGCCCUUUCUUCCUCUUCCCGACCCCUGAAUGGACGAAGUCGCAACUAGCCAAUGAGAAGUUUCCUUUCGGCUCGAUGGACUUUCCUACUCUCCAGUAGGAUGUGAGAUUCGAGCCACAGCCACCAAUGAGGUGUGAGUGAUACACUCAUGGGCGGGCUCUCCCUCCCAGGCGGGCGGAGAAGGCCGCGGUUAUCGAUCCCGCUGCUGGAGGGAGGCGGCCGCGAAGCAGCAGAGAAAAUGGCGGCCAUGGCUGCGGAGGCGGCCGAGACUGCAGCGGUGCCGGGUGACGCGGGAGCGGGCGAAGCCGAGCCCGAGCUGGAGCCCAUCCCAGGCAGCGAGGCCGGCGCAGACCCCCUCCCCGCUGUCAGCGAGGCCGUGGAGUCGGCCGUGCCCGAUGGGGACGAGGCCGACAGGGCAAAGCUCACUCUGGGGGAGGCCGAGGAGCCGCCUCCGCCCGUAGAGCUCGCCCGAAGCCCGGCGAGGACUCAGGAGCCCCAGCGUGAGAGGACAGACCCGGAGGACGCGGAGCUGGGUUCGCCCCAGGCCGAGCCCAGAGGAGCGCUCAGCCCGGAGCCCGAGGACGCGCCGCAGCCCUGCCCGCCGCCUGCUGGGCACCCCCCGGCCGGGGGGGCGGCGGAGCCUCCGCUUCUGCCUGGCUCGGAGGUGCUGGUCACCCUUGACCACAUCAUCGAGGACGCGCUGGUGGUGUCGUUCCGGCUUGGAGAGAAGCUCUUCUCCGGGGUCCUGAUGGACCUAUCCAAAAGGUUUGGACCUCAUGGAAUCCCUGUGACCAUAUUUCCUAAACGGGAGUACAAGGAUAAACCUGAAGCCAUGCAGCUCCAAAGUAAACCAUUCCAAGAUGACACCCAGUUUAAGUGUGAAGCCAGUGGUGCAGUCCCUGAUGACUCCUCUUCUCCCAUUCAGCCAUCAGAACCUAGCCUCGCUAAAAGCCUGUGGACUUCUAAACCACCUCCCCUCUUCCAUGAGGGAGCGCCAUAUCCUCCCCCUUUGUUUAUCAGGGACACAUAUAACCAAGCAAUACCUCAGCCUCCGCCCCGAAAAAUUAAGCGGCCCAAGCGGAAAAUGUACAGGGAGGAACCCACUUCUAUUAUGAAUGCUAUCAAAUUACGACCCAGGCAGGUCUUGUGUGACAAAUGUAAAAACAGUGUUGUUGCAGAAAAAAAAGAAAUUAAAAAAAGUGGCAAUGCAAGUGACUGCUCAAAAUAUGAGGAUCAUAAAAAACGAAGGAAUGAGAGUGUAACUACUGUGAAUAAAAAACUUAAAACUGACCAUAAAGUAGAUGGAAAAAGCCAAAAUGAAAGCCAGAAAAGAAAUGCUGUGGUCAAAGUUUCACAUGUUGCCCAUAGCAGAAGCAAAGUAGUUAAAGUUUCUGCCCAAGCAAACACUUCAAAAGCUCAGUUAAAUACUAAAAAAGUUCUCCAGAGCAAAAACAUGGAUCAUGCAAAAGCUCGGGAAGUUUUGAAAAUGGCCAAAGAGAAGGCACACAAGAAACAGAGUGCAACUUCCACUUCCAAAAAUGCACAUUCAAAGGUCCACUUCACGCGGCGUCUUCAGAACACCAGCUCAGGUUCCCUCCCACCCCGAUUGCGUUUAAAACCCCAAAGGUACCGUAAUGAAGAAAACGACUCAUCUCUCAAGACAGGACUUGAGAAAAUACGGAGUGGCAAGAUGGCAACUAAGCCCCAGUCUCGUUGCUCCUCCACCCGCUCAGCAGGUGAGGCCCCAUCAGAAAAUAAGAGCCCUUCAAAAGGCUCUGAAGAGGCCAGCAGUGAGGUUCAGGACACAAGUGAAGUGCAUGUAACUGUUGAUCAGGAUGAACACCAGACAUUGGGCAAGAGAGGCAGCAAAGGCAAUAUAACAGUUUACAUGACCCUUAAUCAAAAGAAAUCUGACUCUUCCAGUGCAUCAGUGUGUAGUAGUGAUAGCACAGAUGAUUUGAAAUCCACCAAUUCUGAGUGUAGUUCUACUGAAAGCUUUGAUUUUCCUCCAGGCAGCAUGCAUGCACCUUCUUCCUCCUCCUCCUCCUCCUCUUCAAAGGAAGAGAAAAAGCUCAGUAAUUCCUUGAAAAUGAAAGUCUUUUCCAAAAACGUCUCUAAAUGUGUCACACCAGAUGGCAGGACCAUAUGUGUAGGGGACAUUGUUUGGGCCAAGAUUUAUGGCUUCCCUUGGUGGCCAGCCCGUAUUCUCACUAUAACUGUGAGCCGGAAAGAUAAUGGCCUUUUAGUCCGACAGGAGGCCCGCAUUUCGUGGUUUGGGUCUCCAACAACAUCUUUUCUUGCUCUUUCACAACUAUCCCCCUUUUUAGAAAACUUUCAGUCGCGCUUUAAUAAGAAGAGAAAGGGCCUUUACCGGAAGGCCAUCACAGAGGCAGCUAAGGCUGCUAAGCAGCUGACUCCCGAAGUUCGGGCCCUGCUGACACAGUUUGAAACGUGAAUGUGGAAAGUAAGGUAGGCAAGAAUUUGAAGGCUCCUCAAAAUUUAUAGCCUAGUUAGAGAGCUACCAUGAAGGACUUGGCCAAUUCAAAAUAUUGCACUCAGUUGGCUGCUCUUUUUAUAUUAAAAUUGUUUUGAUUUGUAGCAGUUUCUUAAAAAGUUAAACUAAACAUAUUGAAAAUGCAAUUAAAAUGAAUCUAAAGUGAAAACUUUCAGUAUUUUUCAAGUGAGUAUCAUUUUUUUUAAAUUAAACUCCUCAAAUAUCCCAUGCAUAGGAGCCAUAGCCUCAGCUGAAAGGCAGUUUAUUUGCAGGGAAUUUUUAGUAGUUUCUAGCUGGUAUAUACCUAGUCACUAUGUGGCAAAGGGUAAUAAACAAGGGAUGGAAGUAAUAGCUGUGACCUUGGUGGCCCAACAGAGGAAGUGCAGAAACUUAAGCCCUGUUUAGGUUGGCCUUCAAACCUUGUUUCAAAACUUCUGCAUUAAGUAGCUUCUAUAUAUAGCUGCUCAGUACGAGUUGGGCCAAAGUGAGUUCAAACCACGUUUAAAAAACAUGCUUGGUUCCAUCAACACUGACCAAUUUAAAUCAUGUUGGAAACCAAUUUAACAAAACCCUUUAAACAGAAUUUAAAGGCCAGAUUAAACAGGGUCUUGUUGACCACUUUUUUUCCCCAAACACUCAGCCUUUCUAUGCACAAUGGGGGCACAAGUACUACACUUCAGGAUCUGACAAGGUGAGGGGGAUGCCUGUUGCCCAAAGGCAAAGCUGAAAAAUUACUCAGUAUUUUGGGAUCAAGGGCUGUUAAUGCUGCAUAGGUGUGAAUCAUAACUUCCUGUCUUUCUUCCACUGAAAAAUCUUCCAGGCCUCUUGUCUGGGAGUUUAGAGCAAGAGAGGUUUUGUUUGAAUGUGUAAAUAAUUGAUUGCUAAAAUUAGUCAGAUUUUCUUCUGACUUAUUGUUCCUAAAUUCUUAGGAUACGUCCUAGUAAAUUACACUUUGUGAAUUGUCAGAUGUGUAAUUGUUGCAUUUUGGAUGUAUCUAACUUCAUUUUUUUAACAUUUCCGUUUUAAGGUAUCUGUUUGCAGGUCAGAAAAUGAGAAUAUGUAAUUGUGUAAUGCUCUGAAAUGUACAAAAACUGUAAAUAAAAUUGACUAAAUCUGAAUUACUUGUGUGUGUUUCUCAAAAAGCUUUGAAAAAAUUUUAGGUGUUAGUUUUUUGUGUACAUGAUAUUUAGAGACACACCCUUUAAAAUGUAAAUUCUUUCUCAUUCAGCAUUUUUAAAAAGCUCAUUUGCUGUAAAGUACUACUGAUCUAUACUUAGGUUUCCAAUUUUGAGACUUAAGCAUUCAUCUGUUUCCCCCUAAACUGGCUUUUGUCUUAGGUAAAGCUAGUCAAAUUAUUUCUCAUAAAUUCAGUUUCAUAGAUUUUGAAUACAGACAGACAAUAUGACUUGUACAGUAGGGAAAUGUUUCAAUCACCAUUUUUCCAGCUGUCAAAACCUAAUCAAACCCAAUCUCCACUGUUCUUAGCUACACUUGUAUGUCUGUUGCUCAGUAUUGGGCACUUUCAUGCAUCUGAGUUACAUUUUUCUUCCUAGUUUUGGUCAAUACCUGACCAUUGAGUUAGUCUUUUUUCCCUGUUCCAGCUUUGUACGAUCCUGUGAAGAAUUUGGCUGUCUUCAUUCCAGAACAAUUCCAAUCCCUAGUUUUUCCAUUUGCCCGUCUAAGCAAAGCAGACAUAAAGAAUACAAAUUUAAAUAUAAAUUGAGUGUAGUUAAAUUAAAUAGUGUUAAGUUUAAGGACUGAACCAAUUAAAGAAUCUAUAUUGAUACCGUUUUAGAAGAUUAAUAUGCUGCCUUGCAACUAACAAGUCAGUUGAUUCCCAGAACAAUGAGUUUCUUCCAACCUUGUUCAGUUACACUAUCUGGUUCAUGUAACUAUUGAAUAUCUAGUGUGUUUAAAAAACAAACCGCCCAGAGACAAGUACAUAUGCUUGUCCAAAUUGUUUUGUCUCAGCUUUCCUGAGGAUCUUGCUGCAAUCUGUGUGUUAGAUGCUAAUUGACUUUCCAACUAUACUAGGUUUUUUCCAAAACAAAUGAAUUCGAAGAGGCCAGUCAAUGCUUUUUGAAUGUGAUAAACACACAAUGAAAAUUUUCAUAAUGUGAAAUCCUGUUUCACUCUUCUAUUUAUAUAUUCUGUCCUGCAAACAGAAACAAUUAUAGUAUUUCAGUAAAUAAGCCUUACCUUGAUUUAAAGAAGCUGUUUUCAGAGGCCAAAAUUUACACAAUGUUUAUGUGUGUAGAGUAGAUUGCUAUCUAGUUAUCAGGCAGCUCAAAAUGAACUGAUCCCACAUAAGUCAUGUGAUGUUCUGAACCAAACACCUGAGGCAGAAUAUUUGUUCAACUUGCUGCAACUUUUUAAAAUAUUUAGAACUUUUGGCUAGUAUCAUAAGAGAAGCAUAGUAGUAGUGUAUAUAGUCAAUUUGCUCAAAGACUGUUCAGUGAGAUAGGAAAGAAACAAUCUAUUUCGAAUUUUAAGUUCACAAGAACUUGUGCGUGUGUUAUGUAACACCUGGUGGUCAUGACGCACACUCCUGGGUGAAUUACUCUCCUAAUACAGACCACACAAAUCUUGUGCAUGUAAUAUCAAGAACAAAAACUACUUUCUAAUCUAGUACUUGGUCUCAUAACACCUGUCUGUUAUUUGCACCACACCAAUAUAAGUUGUCUAAAAUGCUUGCUUAGGUGUACUUCUGAUUUUCACCAAUUUAAAAAAAAAUCAAACUAUAGACAGCUGCAGCUGUAUCACAUGUCACCUGUCCAUGGGGACUAUUAAUUGAUUGAAAAAAAUUAGGUUAAUCCAAUGCCCCCUGCUCUGUAACUGCCAGAUACUUUUUUUGUAUGUUCACCUGAUCCCAGUGGAUGUUUCCACUGUAAAUACAGGCUGUUCUGUACUCUUGGUUUUCAGUACAUUCACAAUCUCCAUCUCUAUAAUUUUAGAUUUUUUUAAUGACCUACAAAUAACUGAUGGCAGGUGCAUUUGGUUUUACAGUGGUAAUUGGUACAUCUUGUGUAAUUAGGCUGUGUAACUGGUGGAAUCCUAGAAUGGUAGACGGGAUUGCAAGGAUCAUCUAGUCAAUCCUGCCAAGAAUCAGGGUUGGUUGUGUCUAAACCAUGGAAGACAUGGCUAUCUAGCCUCCUUUUCAAAACCUCCAGCAAAAGAGCUUCCUCUACCUCUAAGUAGUCUUUACUUUGUCCUACUGCUAGAUUUAAGCUAAAUCUGCUAUGCUGUAUUUAAACCCAUUGCCUCUUGUCCCGUGACAAGAGAACAACUUUGCUCCAUCUUUGUCAGCCUUUCAAGUAUUUGAAGAGACCACUAUCCUGCCUCCUCCUUCAGUCUCCUCUUUUCCAAAGUAAACACAUCCAGUUCCUUCAGCCUUUACUAGUGUGUCUUGCAUUCUGUCCCUUUGAUCAUUUUUGUUGCUGAUGUAUGGAUCCUUUCCAAUAUCUCCACAUCCUUUCUAUGCAUUUGUGACCAAAACUGGACACAGUACUCCAGCUGAGGCCUAACUAGGUGAAAAUGUACUAUUUGAUAUAUUAUGAAGGAAAGAAUUAUGCUGCUGUAAAGGGCAGUGAUGAUUUGACUAACUCACUGCCAUCCUAAGAGCAUGCAUCACAAUCAGUGGAUUAUGGAAUUGCAGCUCUUCCAUUCUUUUUCAGUACAUCUGUUUUCUCACUUAAAAUAAUUUGGGUAGAUAAUAGGUGGUUGUGAGCCAUGAGUGUGGAUACAAAACAUAACUGUACUUUGAGUAAAGGCCUCUAAAGUUAAGCAAGAAGCAUCUGAUGUGAAGGGGAGAAAAUAUAAUCCCAAUAAAUCCCUGUAUAUACCAUUUUCUGAGAGGUUUUAAGUAAAAUUAUGGUCAUUUCUCUAAAGAUGAAAUCAAAUGUGAAUAUUGUUUGCAUUUUUUGUGGAGCAGAGCUCCCCAGAAAAUUAUAAACAAAUGUGUAAGAACUACUUUAAUUUAAUCUCUUUGAGGUAUAACUGUCAAUACAUAAAUCAACAUUUAAACUGGAUCAUGAGAUUUGCCUCUCCACAGAUAUUAUUUAGAAGACAUCACUUGGUGCUUUUUAGCUUCUAAUACUUGAUUAAUGUAAGUUUCUUCAAUUAUAUCACUGAAAGGAUUUUUAUAUGGCUAAACUGUCUGAAGUCAAACAAACGUGAGCAAGAUUUUUCAGGGAAUGAUAAAACUGCCUUAUUUUUUCAAAAAGUGGCAUGUUCUUAUUGUAGCCAGACUCUCACUUUAAUGGAAAAUUGAUGCGACUUGAAACAUGUGCUGCCAACUUUCUUAAAUUUUGAAAUGCCACAUGACUUUAUUUGCAUGCUCUGCUUCAGCUUUUACUUAUGAAUGUACAAUGGGACACUUAAUUGAACCUGAGCAUCAGAAGGGAGGUGUAUCAUGAUGUCAUCAUGAAUCAUUACUUACCCUUCUGGGUGUUUUGUGAAGCAGUAAAUGGAAAUAGAAUGUCAGUUUACUGAGGAGAUUAGGAUACAAAGUAAUAAACAAGAACUAGCAAUGAAGCACAAUAAGUUAAUUCAGCUCCUGUCUCCUUUCAUUUACAAUUUAUAGUUCAUUCAAAUGGAUAAUUACAAGAAGGGGCACAAAAUACAGUUGAGGUUAUACACGCAAAUGUAUGAAUAAGGCCACCAGAAUGACACAGAGGAUCAAGAAUGAUAUUGUAAGGAGUGCUGGAGGGAUAGCCGUGUUAGUCUGUAACUUUAAAUAUGAAUAGUCCUGUGGUAUCUUAGAGACUAACAAAAAUAUAUAGUAUGA